AAUGACUGGAGAUUUUAAUCGUGGUGCACCAGGUCCUAUGGAUUAUGGACGUACUGAUAAUUUCGGUGCAAACCGUACAGUUGAUUACACAGCCAGAAAUGACUAUGAUCGAACUGCAACUGGACCUAUGAGAAACGGUGGUGGCGCUGUUGCCACUACUGGGUAUGGAACAGGGUACUCAGAUGUAGGAUAUGAUGAAAGUCACUGGGGUUAUCCGGGCGGGCCUGGGGAUAUGAUGGGUGGGCCCGGGGGGGUAAGUCAGGCAGCUUCGAUGGCCUACGACAGGAGGGAUGGUCCCCCUGUUAAUGAUAUGACUCCAUUUAACAGGCCAAUGAGUACUGGACCUAGCUACAGCACUGGGGCACCUAGUUACAGCACUGGUCCUGGACCACAAGCAGAUAUGUUUAGUAGAAGACCCGGCAGUGCCGUCCCCAGUGGUGGAUAUCCGCCUGUUGGUGGAGGUUAUACCGAGGGAUACGACAGACCAGAUGCUUAUGGUCCCCCGCGCGGUGGUGGACGCUUCCCAGGUCCGGCAGACGCGAUGCCACCGAGGUACUAAAAGCGUACUAAAGCAAAUACUAAAGCGCAUGCGAAAGGCUCCCUUUAAAAAAAUGCCUGUUUAGUGGUGGUCGUUCGCUUACGGAAUCGAAUACCUAGGAACUGCCCUGCGUCCGACAUACAGAGUCCAUACCAUUACAUACGAUACUAUGUAUAAUGAUAGAUACACGAUAGAUCUAACGUUUAAACGCUAACUUAAGGUACGGUAAGAAUGAGAAGUAUCAAUGAGUAACAUAAUCAAUAAUUGAUACUCAAGUAAAGAUUCUUCGAAGAGCAAGAAGAUGAUCAUAAAUUGAAAUUGAGAUAAAGAAUUGUAACAUGGUAUCAUAAAAUGAAUUUUCUGUGUUGUUCAUUUUUUUUCCAGCAAAGA